UGAAUUCACUUCAAAUUUCAAUUCAUCAUGUGAAAGUUGUUUCAGUUUUUAUAUUGGUGUAUUUGAAAAUCGUUAGUUCAUUCAGAGUCAUGGCAGAAUGUCCAAUAGCCAACACAACACGUUCAAAUUGGUUUGAGAAUCAUCCGAAAUAUCAGGAAAUGAAAUCAUACGGCGGGGAAGAAAUAUCCAUACGGGCGGCAAUGAUUGUCUACUUGGACUUAAUUGAAGUAAAACAUUGGUUCGAUGUGGAACUACAUCACUGCGAUGCGAUUAAAAGUGUUUAUAUAGUUGGUAGACCUCUAAAGAAAUGCCAAAUUGAACUUAUUUUACCUGUUGAAUCAUCCCAUUCCUUCACUCAUUCAGAUCUUAUGAAAUACAUAUCUAAUAUUUGCGAGGCAUAUAGCAAGAUAGACUUAUCAGUUGCUCACAAAGAUCAGACUAUAUAUGUCGCAUUCACAGACAGCAGUUCCACUAUAGUUUAUUAUAAGAUGAGUAAUGGACUGAUAGAACCUGAUGAGGUUGGUGAUGAUAAUGCAGAAGUCGACUGCCAAGUGAGAUGGAAAAGGAACAGCAAAAACAAACGAAAUAAACGUUGAUAUUUUGGGCCACAUUCAUGUUGUUUGGAAGUUUGCAUUAUGUUAAUGAAUGAGAAUGUUUGUUGUAUUAUGAAAGCCACUAUCAUUUUCAUUGACAUUUUAUGUCAUGUGACAAAUUA